AUGAAACUUCACCUCGCACCCCUCGCAGCCCUUGCGCUAACAGCAUUCUCGCAAUCCACAACCCCGGCGGCCCAAACCCCCGUCGUGACGCCGCCCUGGGCAACCACAGACCUGCCUCGAUGGUCGUCGCUGUACGACUCGCUCGUCUCGGCAGGCAAGGUGCCAUCGACGCUCACCAACGCUCCAUGGCCGACAGGCGGCUAUGGACCUGGUUCGGGACCGUGGGGGCCGGGAGGCCACGAUCAUGAUGGUGGCCACGGGCCGGGACGUUGGGGUGGCCCAUCCGGCGCCGGCCCCUGGGGUUCCUCACCCCCCUGGAGCGCCUGGCCCAGCGCCUCGGCGUCCGCGUGGCGCAACGCCCCGUGGACAAGCUGGUGGAACGGCACCGCAUGUCCAGACCCCAACUGGCCGGGCUGGACCGCAGGACCCUGGAGCACCGCCGCGCCGUGGACCUCGUGGGCUGGCUGCACGGCUAGCACGACGGCGACGAGUGUUGGGACUGUGACGGUUAGUGGCACUGCGGUCCAGACGACGGCGUAUGGAUUGCAGGUUGCGGCUGCGAGUGUGAGUGCGAGUGCGAGUUCGACGGAGGCGAGUACGGGGGGUGCGGAGGGGCUGAAGACGGUGGGUUUGGGUGCGGUAGUCGUUGGGGCCGUGUUGGCGGUUGUGGGUGUGAUGUGA